GAGGAGCGACUCGGAAAUAACUUCUCGCUUUCUCUUUCUCUCCCGACUCUCUCGAAAGCCCAGACGCCAAAGAGACGUCAGUGUGCAAGGAGCGAAACGCGGCAGAGAUGGCGCCGACCCGGUCCGUUUGGAUGUGCACGGUUGCACUGGCCACUGUGCUGGUGUUCUCUGGGCAAGUUGUGAGAGGAAACGAAGAAGCAGACCUUAUCAAACAAAUCUUCACUAAGUACAAUAAGAACAUCCGUCCUACAGAGAACCCCGAAGAUAAGGUGGAGGUGAUGCUCAAACUGACUCUCACCAACCUCAUUUCCUUGAAUGAAAAAGAAGAGACUCUCACUACCAGUGUUUGGAUUGAACUACAAUGGACAGAUUACCGUCUGGCGUGGAACACCUCUGAGCACCACGGCAUUGAGGUGAUCCGUGUCCCCUACAGCAUGGUGUGGCUCCCUGACAUUGGCCUGGAGAACAACAUUGACGGGAAGUUUGACGUAGCAUACUAUGCUAACGUACUCAUCUACUCAAGUGGAUACAUGUACUGGCUUCCCCCGGCCAUCUACCGAAGUACAUGCGCCAUUGAGAUCACCUUCUUUCCCUUCGACUACCAGAACUGCACACUUGUCUUCAGGUCUCAAACCUACAGUGCUAGUGAAGUGGACCUCAAGCUGGCUAUCGAUGACGAGACUUCGGAUCCCAUUGAGUGGGUGGUUAUUGACCCUGAGGCUUUUACUGAGAAUGGAGAGUGGGCAAUCAAGCAUAGGCCAGCUCGAAAGAUCCUCAACAAGAAGUACACGCCAGAUGAUCUGGAAUACCAGGAGAUCUUUUUCAAUCUGAUCAUCCAAAGGAAACCACUAUUCUACAUCAUCAAUAUGAUUCUUCCCUGCUCACUCAUCUCCUCUCUGGUCCUGCUGGCAUUCUUUCUCCCUGCCCAGGCUGGUGGACAGAAGUUGACCGUAUCCAUCUCUGUGCUGCUGGCCCAGACUGUGUUCCUCAUUCUUAUUGCACAGAAGAUUCCGGAGACAUCACUGUCUGUUCCUCUUAUUGGAAAGUACCUGAUCUUCGUAAUGUCAGUGACCACCAUCAUCGUCACAAAUAUGAUUAUCGUGCUCAACUUCUCCCUCCGGACCCCCAGCACCCACACCAUGUCCCGCUCCAUCAGACAUCUCUUCCUCCAGGUGGUCCCUCGUUACCUGGGCAUGGACCCCCUGGUGGACGAUGGGGAGGGCGACCGAGAGGCGGAGGGCGCGCGGGAGCGGCGGCGCAGCUCCUUCGGCCUGAUGCAGCGGGCGGAGGAGUACGUGCUGAAGCAGCCGCGCAGCGAGAUGAUGUUCGACCGGCUGCGAGAGCGCCACGGCCUCGUUCACUCCAUCGUGGAUGAUCUUGAUGUGAGCACCACAGCCACCCUUUACAAGAGCCUGGCCGAAGCAGCACCAGAGAUUAAGGAAUGUGUAGAUGCCUGUAACUUCAUUGCAGAGAGCACCAAGCAGCAGAAUGACGUCGGAUCCGAGGUGGAGAGCUGGGUGCUGAUUGGGAAGAUGAUUGAUAAGGUGUGCUUCUGGGCAGCUCUCUUGCUCUUCAGUAUUGGGACAGUGGCAAUCUUCCUCACGGGACAUUUCAACCAGGCUCCUGAAUUUCCUUUCCCUGGAGAAAACAAGCGAUACACUCCCCCUUAGUAAUCAAAGGCCCGCUCGCUAUCUCUCAACAUUUGCCUUCCCAUGUGGUUACGAACAAGGUAGUGUAGUAACAUCAUUAUUUUACUCCUGGCACAUAAUUUAUUUAUUCUAUUUAGGAAUAACAUCUAGUGCCUAUUGGUGGAUGCAAGUGUUGCAUUGAUGUGAAGUUUCUCUUUUUCAUUUUUUCCCCCUUUUGUAAGACAUUUCUUUUCUUUCAUUAUUGUACUUUCAUUUUACGUAUGUACAUCAUGUCACUGGUUCAUUUAAUGUUUGUGUCAUUGUGCCAUUGUAUUUGUCUUGUGUAAUGUUUUUUUUUGCAUUUCAAACCUGUAAUCUUUGCAAUGACAUUGGUAAAGGUGUUUACUGGUUUUAAUCUCGUUUCCCCUCAUGAAUUAUUGGUACCAUGUGUUCACUUACAGCUUCGCUUUGUGUUAAGUGAGCUCCCUAAAGUUCAAUCCCUAAAGUUUACAGCCAUUUGAAACCUAUGAUAUGUGAUCAUCAUGUGCCAUAUGGAGGACACAUUUGCCACUUCAGUAAUACAGUAUUCAGAUGAUUUAGGACUGCCAGUCCCCAUUCUGACCGUCAGCAGUGCUGUUUACUGUUGAUGAUACAUUUUACAUGCAGAGAGUACUGUCUUACUUGAAACCUGUGUAACUUUACCGUGUUCAUGGAAGAAUGCAGUGACAUGGAGAGUCGACUGCCGAGAAAACUGUAUCUGCGUGAAUACUUAAGAUGACUGUUGGUGAAUAUGUUAAAUAAUAUGAUGCUAUGAUACUAUACAACAGACAUUUUCUA